AGCAGCACCCAUCGCAGUCGCAUCGCUUCCCGAUCAACUCUCGUCAGCGUUCUGUCUGGGAUACGAGCAUCGAAGCCUCGAUUCGCUCACGCCAUGAACUGUUCCUUCUCUUUUGGAAUGCGUUAGAAGCUUCGUUCAGUGCUGCAUAUCGGGUGGUAUUCGUGCGCCGACGGUUACUGUCAUCAGUGUUGGUUUUUCGAGGCCCGGCAGCAUCGCAGCGAGCAUCAUCGCAUUGCAGGUGCAACCUGUUCUCCUCCGAUCAUGAAGAGCAGGAAGCCGGGUUGAACACCGGUGCUGUAUAACGGUAUCCUUUCUUCCGGGGGCACACUUCCGUUCUUUGUUCCGGAAGGAAGUUGCGGAACGGUUUGAGCUGCCGCUACAGCCGGCGUGAAAUUAUUUUUUGUCUUUCAUUUGUAAAGCUAGCUUCGGCGCAGCGCACCUGUGCUGGGCACGGAGGCUGCCUUUCUUACAGUGCUUGGCCGUCAGCAGAACUCACCUGAAACUGUGAAAGAGAAAAGUACUGUGUUUGUUUCGGUGGAAUAUUCGGGAUUACCCUCACCUGAGGUCGUCGCAUACCGAACAGUGAUUGGUGGAGGUGCAUCCGAGUCUGAUGUAACGUUUUGCAUUUAUUCUUGCUGUUAAGUCGGCAACUGCGCAAAACGCCAGCAGUGCCAGUCACUGUAUGCUUGUAAUGGCACGGGAUGUCAUUAUACUACGGAGGACUACAGCGAAGCACGCGGUAGGAGCAUAGAAGCCUGUGUAAGCACUCUCUGAAACCUGUCACCAGUCGCAACAACUCUUCCAAUAGUUAUUUUCGUCAAGUCACUGCCUGUCAAGGAAUAUCAUUGUCGCAAUAUACGUAACAACCCCGGAUAUACGUGUACCACAAAGCGUACUUUACGUGACUUCAAAGAAUUCACGAGACAGCUACUUCGAGUGUCGGAGACCUUCGUUGCUCUACAGAGAGACCCAAGGGCCUGAAGAGAGCGAGGCUUUCUGUUUUUUGUGUGCGGUGCUUGUUGCGUGUGAAUGUGGUGGUUAAUCUUUGGAUGAAAACGAUGCAAGCUGCAGUGCCCUUGAAGCUCUGGCUGUUGUGCAUCGUGGCGGGGCUCGAAGUGCGGGCUCACAACCAGUCAGCACCGCACGCGGAAGCCCUGGAACAAAACGUCGCUUCUCAAGAUGUGGGUGAGAGUGGGACAGCGUGGUCUUCGUCAGAGUCUACGUCUCUGCUUACGAGGACGGAACGCAGCUACGCAGCUAGCGCUCAGGCAGAGCCUCCAUCGCGGCCAAAGAAUUACUGGGAUGAUCCACACUUCAGGCCCUCGUUCGACAACAGCACAGAGCGGAACGUCACCGCUCAGCUCGGAAAAUCCGCCUUCCUACACUGCAGGAUUAGACAGCUGGGGGACCGCACGGUAUCGUGGGUCCGGCAGCACGACCUGCACAUCCUGACGGUGGGCACAUAUACUUAUACUUCGGACCAGCGUUUCAAGUCGAUCCACCUGGAGGCGUCCGAGGAUUGGACCCUAGAGAUCACAUACGCGCAAAGGAAAGACGCCGGCGUCUACGAGUGCCAAGUGUCCACCGAGCCCAAGAUGAGCCUCAAUGUAUCCCUCUCCGUCGUCGCGGCGACUGCCCGCAUUAUGGAAGGACGCAACCUGUACAUCCAGAGCGGUAAUACCAUCAACCUGACGUGCGUCGUGACCGAAAACACUACACCAUCCGUCUACGUCUUUUGGUACCACGACUCAGGCAUGAUCAACUACGACGGCAUCAAAAAUCGAGUGUUCACGGAGCCUGGUCACACCACCAUCUCACGACUGCAGGUGCUCAACGCCAACACCAACGACUCUGGCAAUUAUUCGUGCGUCCCGACCUACGCCGAGUCCACCAACAUCACCGUGCAUGUACUUAAUGGUGAGAAGCCAGCAGCCAUGCAACAUGGGAGGCAGGGAAACUUCGCGGAGCGUUCGCUGUCGUCUCUGCAGCUCGUUCUGCUCGUCUUCUUCCUUCACGAAGUCUUCUCCUGCUUCGUGGUACGCAGAUAGUCCCGUACCAUUUGCCCCCACGCGUUUCCACUCCCAGUUCACAAGAACACGUCUCACAACUCCCUCCACUGCGCUUCGCAAACAUGAACGUGAUAUCACGAUGCUGAUGCGGGCGAGUGGCACGAAGACGGAGCAUCAUCUACAGCCAUCUCUCGGAGAAGCCAAUAACGACUCAAACCAGACCGGUGUCUACCAUGACAGAUUUUACGAUGGGACACGAGCAUGACCUUUGCAUCACGAUCAGAGUCGCGUCAAGAAAAAUACGGCAGUUCAUUUUCGAUUACUGUUUUUCGUGAUGCAAGUCUCACGAAUUAAUGGAUCAUAAAUACCUCUCAUAAAGCUACGUGAUCGUCAAAAGCCAUCUCUUCACAUGAAGGAACAAAGGAGACAAAACAUUCCGGUCCAUUGAAACAGUACAGCGUCUGCAAGCCAAAGCGGACGCGUCUGCUAAUAAAUGAGAUUGUUAACGUCGUCUGCUAACUUAAACCCCGGUUUGGAACAGUGACGUUGAAUCAAGCCCUGUGUUAGCAAUGGUGCUUGGGACAGCACCAGUAUUUGAUGAACAGACCAAACUGAAGUGCGUGUACGUCAGUGUUUAGUUCCUGUUUCGUCCGCUAGUUGACCUCGCGUCGCAACGACUGAUCUGCGGACAAGCGAGACGUCGAAACCAAAGUAACUUUGAAGUGUUGCUACUGCAUCCAUUUUCUUUGUUCCUUUUGUGUUCGACGUUUGGGGAUCAAAAACCGGAGUUUGCAUUUAUUUUGUAUUAUCCACUCCAUCCCCCUCCCCCCUCCUUCGUUCGGUGAACCUGGUACACGACGAAGUGACAUUCCUUCUUCGUUUGUGAACGUGAAUGACGAUUUCGCUAGGAUUGACCGAAAAUUAUUAGAGCACCGUGAAAUCCCUUUGACUAUAGGACAUACUUCGAAGAAGGUUCUCGAAACAAAAAUCCUGAAGUACCCGGCACAAAUUUUGUGUUGCUUUGGCACAGCCCCGCAGGCAUGCCACUCCACACUGUAUUAAAGAGGAUGGUUAGUGAUAAAGGUCAAAGUUGGUGUGUA